AUGCCCAAGAAGCUAACCGCCCAGCGCCGGACCCACCCGUUGUGGUGGUGCGCGGCCCUGCUGUGCAUGAUCCUCACCGUCGCCAUCAUCUUCGGCGGGAUCGCCGUCUUCAUCGGCUACCUCGUCAUCCACCCGCGCGUCCCCAUCCUCAGCGUCAUCGACGCCCACCUCGACCUCUUCCAGUACGACUACGCUGGCACCCUGGUCACCCAGGUCAGCGUAGUCGUGAGGUCCGAGAACGACAACCUGAAAGCCCACUCGUCGUUCUCGGACCUCCAGCUCAGGCUCAUCUUCGAAGGGAUGCACAUCGCGUCCCUCCAGGCCGGGGACUACGACGUCAGGAAGAACAGCACCGUGGACUUCAACUUCGUCGUCGUGUCCAGGCCCAUCCCGCUCAGCCCGGCCCAGUCGAUGGACGUGGACGUCAUGCUGAAGCAGGACCAGGUACGGUUCGACUUGCAAGGGAACGCGCGGGCUCGGUGGCGCGUGGGGCUGUUGGGCUCGAUUCGGUUCUGGUGCCAUUUGAACUGUAAGCUCAAUUUCCGCCAGUCCAAUGGCUCCUACGUCCCUUCUCCCUGCACUUCCAGAGCCAAAUGA